GCUCUCUGGGAGAGAGAGAGAGAGAGAGAGAGAGAAGUGGGAAAUUUUGCCCAAGUGGGGAACUGAGGGUUGUUCUUGAAGGAGAAGGAAAUUAGGGUUUUUGGAUUGUGGGGUUUGAUUUUCUUUCUGGGUUUGGGUUUUGGCUGCCAUUUGUUGUUUCCUUUUUCGAUUUUUUUUUGGAAAUGUACGUGGGUUCCAUGCGAAAAUCGUUCAAGGACUCGCUCAAAGUGCUUGAAGCUGAUAUUCAGCAUGCGAACACUCUGUAAGGCUGAUUUUCCUGAUUGGUUUUUGUUUUUCUUCAAUUGGGUUUUCUAUUAAGGUGAAAGUUUAGUGCUUGAUUUUAUCUUGUUUGAAAGAAAUGCGAUAGUUCUUGAGAUCAAAGUUUGCCCCUUUUUGUGUGCGUGUUUAUAGAUUAUGAUUUCACUAAUUCACUCUAAUUUUGCAUUUUCCUGCAACAAUAUUAUCAUUUGCUUCCUGUAAUCUUCCUUUCUCUGGAAAGAAUUUGACUUCUUUUUUUUUUUCCUGCAUAAUCUGGUUCCUAAUCUAUUUUACUCUUUUAUGUUCUGUUAGUUGUCACAUUUGAUUUUUUAUCCCUGCAUCUUUUGCUCUAAUACCUGUUUGAAUGAUUGCUGUUAUUAUAUGUCCUUGGGCUUAUUUUGCCUUGUCAUUCAUAUAUUAUUACCGACAAUCAUAUCAUGGGUCAGGUUCUGCUUCUUUUUUACAACUUUUAAUGGCACUAUAUAUUUUCUGAUUGUGAGUAAUUUCAUGAUCUUUUGUGUCAUACUCAUGAAUUGUGUUCAUCUGACUUCACGUGCCCAAGGGGCCAAUGGGUUCCACUUGAUAUUUCUAUUUUGAUAUUAAUAUUGACACUGUGACGAAUCAGUUGCCGUCCCAUCUCUUGUAUUGCUUGAUUGCAAAUGGUUUUUUUGUUAACCUUUGGGUUAUUAAAUUGAGCUGUAAUCUUGGUAUGUAUAUGUAAUGUUCUUUAGUCAUGCUCUGUAACUUUGUGUUAGUGUUUUGGAUGAUCUUUAUGCUGUUUUUGAUCCUUCUUGCCUAAUUUUAUCACCACGCUUUUCUCUCUGUUUAAAUACUAAGGUUGCAUGGAAGUGCAGGGCAUCUGAUUUUCCAAGGGAGUAUGAUGGUGCCUGCCUCCAGAUGAGAAUGUCAUACAGUCCAGCUGCACACCUAUUCCUCUUUUUGGUGCAAUGGACAGACUGCCAUCUUGCAGGAGCCCUUGGCCUUUUAAGAAUAUUAAUUUACAAGGUUUAUGUGGAUGGCACUACAACCAUGUCUACCCAUGAAAGGAAAGCAAGCAUUAGAGAGUUUUAUGCGGUAAUUUAUCCCUCCGUUUUGCAACUUCAAAAGGGUGUAACUGAUACUGAAGAUAAAAAACAGAAGGCAGUUUACAUGGAAAGGUACAGAAGGAGAGAUGAUGAGGAGCAUUGGCAACUUACAGAUGUUGAUUGUGAAAGAGAAGAAGAGUGUGGAAUUUGCAUGGAGAUGAAUAGUAAGAUUGUAUUGCCAAACUGCAACCAUGCAAUGUGCUUGAAAUGUUACCGUGAAUGGCGAACAAGAUCAGAGUCAUGCCCCUUCUGCCGUGACAGUCUGAAGAGAGUUAAUUCUGGUGAUCUCUGGGUAUAUACAGAGAGCAGGGAUAUUGUUGACAUGGCCACGGUGACAAGGGAGAAUCUCAAAAGGCUCUUCAUAUAUAUAGAUAAGUUACCUCUAAUUGUCCCAGAUACAGUUUUUGACACUUAUGAUUCCCACUUAAGAUAGGCAAUAAGUACAGUCUAAGGUUGAGGCACAUCCUGUGACCUUUUACUUCAUCGGUCCCUUUUUCUGUUGAUCGCAUAAAUGGCCGAAUUACUGAGUCGGCAAGUUUAGGUUAACCAGUCAUGCAGUGCUUUCUUCCCACUUCUCAGCAGAACCCAGCCCGGAUUAUUGUGGACUGCGAGUGACAUUCGUAAUUUGAGAUAGGUCAACCAGGAGUUGACAGUCUGUACUCAGCACGUCUGUACAUCCUUGUAUAGCUUGAAUGAUCAUAUGAUUUUCUUGUUUAAGUUUUGGUCCAAGGUAUCAAUAACAAAUUCUGUUUACUCAU